GAUGUCUGUGAAGGGAAGCGGAGGAAUAAUGGCAAACAACGACUGUUUUCAAGGUUUAUCUGUUACCAGUUAUCUAGAGAAUAUAGCUUAGGUGUUCUUCUUUUGCCUCAAAAGAAAUCAAUGCGAUAUGGAGGGCGAAGAAGAGAAAAACGACGUAGUGUACUCCAGUGGAGAUGAAGGAGGCGCUACAGUUAUGUCGGAAAGAGUGUCCAAUCUCGCUAACAGUAUUUACAGCGAGUUCGAACGAAUGAUUCAAAAAUAUGAUCAAGACGUUGUGUCAGGACUUAUGCCACUUAUGGUGUCUGUGUUAGAACAACUGGAUAGUGCCUAUGGAGACAACAACGAGCAGUUAGUUGAGUUGGAAAUAUUGAGUGAUGAUAACGAGCAGCUCAUUACUCAAUAUGAAAGGGAAAAGCAACUCAGAAAGCUGGCGGAAAACAGAUAUCUGGAGAUAGAGGAUCAGAUUGAAGCUGAAAAGAGAGAAUCUCACAAGCAGAUUGAUACCUUAGAGCAUGACAAUAAAAGUCUGGAAUCUCGAAUCAAAAGUUACCAAGACCACAUUGAACGGCAGGAUGAAAGGAUAUCAGAGAUGAAACGUGAAUAUCAUACUCUUCAUGAAAGACAUUCAGAGUUACUCCAUCAACACAUGGAGCGGCUGCAGAGAGAGGACAGAAAAGGUUCAGGCUCCACAGCAGAUACACCAUCCAGGACUCCUUUUAGACCAAGAACUGUCUCAACAGACUCACCACGCUCUCCCAUUGGAACACCUGUCAACUCUUUAACAGAUUUGCUACCUGGCACCUCUCCAGGAGGACCCAAGAGCAUUGAUGGUGACAUGGUUGUACCUCCAUCGCCUCACAGAGGAGACAGCAAUGAGAUGUCACUUGAAGAGGAACAACUUGCUGGUAAAGGGAAAGGUAGUGAGACUGAGAAAAAAACUGGUGUUGGAGAAGUUUCUCCUGCUGCCCAAAAUGUUCGUGGAUCUCCUGGUAGUGGUUUUGUCGCCAUAAGUGGUGAUAAGCUGGAUAGUAACAGCAUUGGAGACAUUGUGAAAGGCUCACCAUCAAACACAACCAGUUCACUACAGAGUUUAAAUACAGGAACCUGUCACCUUACAGAUGUCGACAACAUGCCAAUCAUGACAGUGACUGAUGUUGAAAGAGUGAUUUCUGGAGAAUCUCAAACUCCUCCAGAUGGAAGCUUUGUUCACCUGAGUAAUGAUGCUGCAGCCAUCAUGGCCUCCACACCUGAAUUGAUACCUAAUGCUGGGUCUUCACCUGUUGAUGUGAUUAGAAGAGAGGGUAGCAGACAAGGUGGAGAGCGCCCCAUAUCUUUGGAUCUGGAGACACUUCCUCAAGGUGUCAGUGCACAUUCUUUGUUUGCUGAGCUGUCUAUUCAAGAACCUGACAUCAUUGGGCAGGUAGACACUGGUGCAGACAUCACUGCAAUGGUUGGAGAACUGGACACAGUGUUAAAAGAGAAUAAAGAAUUGCUGACUGCAAAGACCAAACUUGUUACUCAAAAGAAUGAUCUUCUGAAAAGAGUUGAAGAGUUGUCCAAUGAAAAGGAACUAGCAAGAGAAGAAGUGAUAGCACUUCAAGACACCAAGAGUCGUUUAUCACAGCACAUCUCAGAGAUUGAACAGGAACUGAAAAGGGUGAAAAUGGAUGCAGAAAAAGCUACAGUGGCUUUAAAAGAGGCUAAUGUGUCAGCAGCUCAUCGAAAGAGGUUUACGCGAGUUGAGAUGGCCCGAGUAUUGAUGGAAAGAAACCAGUACAAAGAAAGAUUGAUGGAAUUGCAAGAGGCUGUAAGAUGGACAGAAAUGAUCAGGGCAUCAAAGGAGAGAAACCUUGAACUGCAACAAAAGAAGAAAUCAUCCAUUUGGAAAUUUUUCAGCAAUCUUUUUGGACCCUCACCAAAGAAGCCUGCCCCAACCAUGGUCAGCAUCAGGUACAACUCCCCUCAGGGGGAGGGAGAGUCAUCUCCUUCAUCUCGACGUAGCAGCUCUGUAAACUCAGGAUCUACAGGCUCAAUUGCAGUUGCAAGUGGUGGAGGAUUUGGUAGUGAGAACUUUGAUCGGCAGCGACUUGUGGAGAGAAGGGAACGCUACAGACAAGUGAGGGCAUUUCUCAACUCAGAUGUUGCUGAGGGUCGCAUGCAAGCUUAUGGCUGGAGUCUUCCGGCAAAAUACUCAACAGAAGUUGCAGAAGGAGGAAAAAGCCUGGUGUCUGUCCCUGUACCAGUUUAUUGCAGGCCUCUUAAUCUUAAUGACCCUGGGAUGAAAAUCUGGUGUGCAGCUGGUGUAGAUUUGUCUGGUGGGAAGACACAAGAUGGUGGUUCAGUCAUUGGUGCAACUAGUGUAUUUUACACAGACAGUGUGCGUGACCAAGAUGAAACAGGAAUGGACCCAAAGCUGGAGCCAAAAGUGUCUAUGGUUUGGAUUGGCAGCAGCACACACUCAUGCAGUAAGGUUACUGUUGUUGAUGCUAAUUACCCUCAGAACAUUCUGGAUUGCUUUAUAGUGUGUACAUCACAUCUAUUGUGCAUCACUCCUGUGCCUGGUGCAUCAGAAGGGGAUUAUCAGAGUUCGGAAUGGUCCUCAUAGAUUUACUUUUCCUUCAUUGCAGACCCACUACAGACAAACCCUGACAAAGGUGAUUCCACUGAGGGUUCAGGAUUCAGUGAUCCACUGGGAGUACAAACAGCCCAAGGAUCGGAUGGACCAACAGUAACAGACAUCACAGCUGGUGAAAGUACAUCACCUGGAGCCACACCAGUUGAAGGAGUUGAGAAAAUGAGCAGUGUAUUACCAACCAUGUGGCUCGGAGCACAAUCUGGCUGUGUGUAUGUACAUUCUGCCAUUUCUGACUGGAAGAAAUGCAUCCAUUCCAUUAGACUCAAGGACUCAGUCCUCAGUAUAGUAUAUGUGAAAACCCGUGUCUUAGUUGCUCUUGCUGAUGGCACAGUGGCCAUCUUUCAUAGGGCUUCAGAUGGUCAGUGGAACUUUAACAAUUAUCACUUGCUUGAUCUUGGCCGACCACAUCACUCCAUUCGGUGUAUGACUGUAGUUCAUGACAAAGUCUGGUGUGGUUAUCGCAAUAAAAUCCAAGUUAUUCAUCCCCGCAGCAUGAAAGUAGAGAAAACAUUUGAUGCUCAUCCCCGACGUGAAAGUCAGGUUCGUCAGCUGGCCUGGAUAGGAGAUGGUGUGUGGGUGUCCAUUCGUUUGGAUAGUACACUGAGAUUGUACAAUGCACAUACUUAUCACCAUCUACAGGAUAUUGAUAUUGAGCCAUAUGUCAGCAAGAUGUUAGGAACCGGAAAAUUAGGUUUCUCGUUUGUACGUAUUACGUCGCUCAUGUUAACCAAUGACCGUCUCUGGGUGGGAACGGGAAAUGGUGUUAUUUUGUCGGUCCCAUUGGUGGCCGCACGUCCCGCAAGGGAUGACGGAGAAGCACAAACAAGUUCCCCGGGGACGGGGGGAACCGGAGGUCCAGGAGGAGCGGUUAGAGUGUACAGCAACGAAGGAAAAGAUGGAGACACACCAAGAGGCUCAAGCUUUAUGCCUUACUGUUCUAUGGUUAACGCUCAGUUGUCCUUUCACGGUCACCGCGACUCAGUGAAGUUCUUUGUAGCCGUCCCAGGCUCUAUGAAGAGAGUCUCUCAACCAGCGCCAGCCAACAGAUCAACAAGUCCCAGUGGUCAACCUGCUAAGUCUAGCCCAGAGAAGACUGUGACCGAGUGCAUGCUUUUAGUGUUAUCAGGGGGAGAGGGGUACGUCGAUUUCCGUUUGGGAGACAACGAAGAGACUGCUUUGGAAGAGCAAGGUGGUGAUUUGAUAUCUGUCACAACUCGUGGUCAAUCAACCAAUGAGAGGAGCCAUAUUAUGGUUUGGCAGGUGUCGGUCACAUGAUGACUAUAGAUAUGGAAAGUGUAAGGUCCUGUUUUGGGGUGCAAAUAAGGUCAAAAGUGCAGCAGUGUUACAGUUUGUAUCACUGGGUAACUAACGCGAGGGGCCUCAGUAUAGUUUUGUGCAGACGUCUUCCAUCUCAUGGCGCUACAGAGGGCCAGCCAUGCCGUUACAGGUUACGUUUUACGAAAUAAUUGGAAAGUGACCGUGUCCUUGUAAGUCUAUGGGAUUAAAAUUGCUUCACAUAACAGGACCCACCUUUCCAAAGCAACAAAUAAGGGGUUAAAAAUAGUUUUUUUCAAAACUCAUUUUAUUUGUAGAUAAACAGUAACACUCACAUUUCACGACAGCAGUGUAAUGGCACGUAACCCUUUCUCUCCCAAGUUCUCAUUAGUAAUUCUCCUCAGCGUCUGCCAUGCAAUUCUCAAGCCUUUAGUUCGGUGAAUUUGAUAUUGGAUCAACAAAUAAUCUUUGAAUUGUUUUUUUCCCUCGACACUUGUCUGCUUGAUAUUGUAAGUAGAUAUUUUGUCCUGGUCACUUGUGAGAGUGAAAGCGUUUACUAAUUUCAUGGCACUUGUAUUAAAUAUACACGAAAGUUAAACGUAAUUCAGUUUUAGUACCUUUUGUAACUGAUUAAGUUCGUUGGUCUGGUUCGGUUUUUUUAAGUAUUUGUAAAUAAGUUUCCAAUAAUUUCCAGAGUUACGAAAUGUAUUUUUGGUGGUACGUUACUAAAUUAAGCAUUAAUGUUUACUAUUUUCCAAGGGUUAUUACCAAUAAUUAUUACUAUGUAACGAAUUUCAAAUCAAAAUAUAUAUCAGGUUUUACAAUUGUAAUAAAUUAGUGGAAAGAAAACCGACCUGAAAAUUAGAACGCGAAAGGUUUAAUUAAAACUCUUAUAAGCAUUGUUGACAUUUUAUUUUGGCGGCAAAGGGUAACAGUGAGUUUUAUUGCUGAAGAUUAAUGCGAAAGAACCUUGAAUAGUUCCUAUGGGUUUUCAUUUUUGUAAUCAUCGUCCAGCACCUAAAAUUUAAGAAUUUCUGAGGAUAUAGCCCCAGACUUAGCUGUUUUCCUUUUUAAUUAGAAAAAAAAAUCUGUUCUACACACGCGACAACCGCAUUAAUCUUACCAAAACGCAAUCCUGUGUCACGUGGCACGUUCAUCCAAUAGAAAAAGCUUAUUUCAAUCGCGGUGUAAAAAUUCCUGUUUUUGAAAAUGACUUUUUCUUGUUCUUGGCCAUACAAGGAAUGGUAGGACUUAGUGCCAAAUUUUGUUACAGAAAGAGCAAACGUUUAGUCUUUCUAAUAUUUUCAUUUAGAAUUGGCGCUGUUAAGGAAGACCUUGGAGCAUGAAAGGUGUCUGUAGCUAUAUUAGUUUACUCCCAAAAUUGUUAGGUUAUCAUAAGGUAUUUCGGUUUGGCUGAGGUAUGAUUAUCGAUCACUAGAAUUAGUACGUAAACAAAAUGUUGGUAAACUUGUAUUCAAAAUAAUUUUCUCUAUUACUUGUGACAUUCGUUAUGUUUUCUGUAGUGUAUUGUCUUAAUGUUAUUAUCUUUCUGCCUUGACAGAAGAAGGUUACUGUCGCCCCUGACACAAAGAGAUGUUUUUGGUCAAGUCCAAUCAAAUAUUACUCUCAGAUUUAAUUUAUUAUCAAUAGCUCGUAGCCUUGUUUGGCGUCCAAAAGAUAUGAUAGCUAACUUUAAUGAAGGUUAAGUAGAUUUUGAUUCUAUGUAUUUAUUUAUUGUCUGCGGUUUUGUCUAUCUGUUAUUUUGAACUGAUAAAA